UCACCCACACAAUAGAGAGAAGAACCUGUAGAUAGCUUUAGCUUAAGCUUCCUUGUUGUAGCUAUGGCUAAGUAUUUACAGAGUGCUCCUGUUAGCCAGGGAGCAUUGCAGCACAAGGAGUUUCUCUUAGAUGGCUUGUACAUGGAGCAGCGCCCCCAAGGAUCGCCGAAUCCGAACGAGGUCAUUAUAGUGAAUCCUGGCCUUCCUAUGAAGUUUGGCUGCACCGCGGCUACUGAUUGGACAAUAUAUGAUGGCAUUGGCCCCGACAAGAAGCUUGUGGCACAUGCACAGGGGGUACUUACGGGUGCUGGUGCAACCGAAGGAACCUGGUCCCUUUGUUUUAACAUGGUGUUCGUCGAUGAGAGGUUCAAAGGUUCCAGCCUUAAGGUGCUUGGAAAUAUGAGCUCACCACUAGAAGGUGAAUGGGCAAUCCUUGGUGGGACGGGUGAGUUUGCCUAUGCGCAAGGUGUUGUCUUGUUCAAGAUCCAAAAGUUUUAUGAGCUUCAGAUCCGCGUCUUGUGCCUCAACUUCUCGUCAUCCCUAUCAUUGCCUAUAAAGAUGGGGCCAUGGGGCGGAAAUGGAGGUUUCCCUCAAGACAUGACCGCAGGAAAGCCGUUGCGUCUACGAAGUAUGAGAAUAAACAGUGGCUCGCGCAUCUUUUCGCUUGAGUUUUCUUAUGUCGACAAACUUGGGAAGGUCCGCUCUGAAGGUCCAUGGGGUGGCAGCAGCGGAGGGAACUAUCAGACUAUUGAGCUAGGCCCUAAAGAGUUUGUGAAGCAAAUAUCGGGGACAAUUGACAACCUUGUGACUGAAACUGUUAUAACUUCUCUUGUUCUCGUCACCAACAUCAGAAAGUAUGGGCCUUACGGAAGUGUGCAGGGCACAAGUUUUGAUGCCACGGUACCGGAAAAUACAUGUGUUGUGGGCUUCUUUGGCAGAUCUGGUGGUGCACUUGAUGCAAUUGGCAUUUACCAUGGUCCCAUCGCAGUUUAGAGAAGGAUUCAUGUUUGUCCAUUAUGUUAUUUAUUUGAAAGCCGCGCUUGUUUUCCUCUAAAUUAGAACACGUUGGCGCAGCUUCCUUUGUGGCCAACAUUAGUUCCAGUGUUUGUGUUCCAAGAAUAAGAUAGCUUUGGUUUGGGUACGUCCUCCCAUAGCUUCCAUUGUCAGGGUUCCACGCUCCUUUUCUAGGUUGAGUUCUCUGUGGUCGCUUACUGUACUUAUCUAUUUGAAAUUAUGAAUAAUGUUA